AUGCGCAAGUGCAAGAUCUUUGUUGGAUCAUCUCAUCCGGAGUUGGGCCAAUUGGUCUGUGAGAGAUUGGGGGUAGAGCCAGCUCCUUGUACGUUGAAGAAAUUUAGCAAUGGAGAAACUUCAGUCCAAAUUGGUGUUAGUGUGAGAGAUGAAGAUGUAUACAUUAUCCAAAGUGGAUCGUCAAACAUAAAUGAUCAUAUUAUGGAGCUUUUGAUUUUGAUAAGUGCUUGUCGUGGGGGUAGUGCAAACAAGAUUACUGCAGUGAUUCCUCAGUUUCCUUAUAGCAAGCAGAGCAAAAUGAAGAAACACAGAGGCGCAAUCACCGCUAGGAUGUUGGCUAACUUGUUGGUAAUGGCAGGAGCCGACCAUGUCGUGAGUAUGGAUCUCCAUGCUAGUCAAAUGCAAGGUUUUUUCACUGUUCCAGUGGACAAUUUAUUUGGGGCUCCCACAUUGGCAAGAUGGAUUCGCCACAACAUAGAAGCAUGGGAGACUUCAGUUGUUGUAUCGAAAAACCCUGGAGGAACCAAAAGAGUGACGGCUUUGGCUGAUAGUCUAAAGAUCAAUUUUGCCAUGAUUCACACUGACAGGAGAAGAACUCAGGACGAGUAUGCCAAGAAAAAAGCUUUAAAGAGGGCCAAAAUUGUCAAUGAUGAUGGCAUAGAAGCGGAUGAAGAGGACAAUAUUGUUAACGAGUUGCAAACUGCUCGUAUUGUUCAAGGGCACGUUGUUGAUGAUGAUUAUCAGUGCAAAGACUCAAAGGAGGACAAUUCCAAUGGCAGUGGUCACUUGACCAACUCAAACAUUAUUGACAGCGACGUUUUAGGUGGCUCAUACGAUGCUGCUAACUCGGACGAUGAGGAUGAGCCAUUGGUCGAGGAGAAGUUAAUCACUUUAGUGGGUGAUGUCAAGGACAAAGUGGCCAUUAUCUUGGAUGACAUGAUUGACAAACCAAAUUCGUUUAUUGCUGCUGCAGAACAUUUGAGGUUGAAUUGUGGAGCUAAAGCUGUUUAUGUUGUUGGUACACACGGUGUAUUUAACGACUCAUGCUUGCAACGUUUGACUGACUCUGAAUGUAUUGAUAAAAUUGUGGUGACAAAUACGUAUCCUAUUUCGAAGGAACAAAUUGAUCAACACAAGGAAAAGCUUGUGGUUAUUGAUGUGUCGCCCAUUUUUGCUGAAUGUAUUAGAAGAGACCAUUUUGGGGAGUCCAUCUCGGUUUUAUUUGACUCUUUGGCGGCUAUAGAUUAG